CCCUGCCUGAACUUUCCCUGUAAACACAGCUCGCUGACAGAACGGCAUCCCUGCUGGGUGGAUCCUGCAACUCCUGGAGGGAAUGGCACUUCUUGUUUUUAAUUAGCAAGGUGAAAGGUGAAUUAAAACUAGCUGUUUGGCAAGUCAGUGCAAAGACUGACCGGAGAGUCAGAAGAGAAAAGAGCUCCACGGGGAAGGCAGUGCGUGUGCUCUGGGAUUGUUUUUUUUUUUUUUUUUUUUUUUUUUUUUCCCUUUUCUGAAUGAAGCGCUUGCCGAAGUGACUUAAAAAAAAAAGAAAUACAAUUUCCUCCUGAGUCUAUCCGAAUAGUUGCUGAAGAGAGCUCUGGACAGGACAUGGCUCUGAAGGCUCACUCCUUGGAAUGUCCUCUUGCUCCCGGCUUAUAAACAACUGUCCUCAGGGAAGAAAGGUUUUACAUAUUCCGAAUACAGCCUGACAAAUGGCACUUUGGGACUGUGCUUUCUGAUGACAACGCGUUCGAUUUCUGACAAAGCCUCCCACGCACUGCCCCUGGAGGGGAGUCCUAAGUAAAACUCAGACCCACCUUAAAGUGAGGAUCGGAAGGACGCCCGGUGAGCCCGGGGAGCGCGGAGCGCGGCAGCAUGGCAUCAGCUGCGAACCUUGUCACCUGGCUCCUGUGGGGUUACUUACUGGAGCUCUGGAUAGGAGGGCACACGGCUGAUACCACUCACCCCCGCUUACGUCUGUCACAUAAAGAACUCUUGGACCUAAAUCGAACAUCGAUCUUUCAUAGCCCUUUUGGGUUUCUUGAUCUCCAUGCAAUGCUGCUGGAUGAAUAUCAGGAGAGACUCUUUGUGGGAGGCAAGGAUCUUGUGUAUUCUCUCAGCCUGGAACAAAUAAGCAAUGGCUAUCGAGAGAUACACUGGCCUAGCACGGCACUAAAAAUAGAAGAAUGCAUAAUGAAAGGAAAAGAUGCGAGUGAAUGCGCAAAUUAUGUUCGGGUUUUGCAUCACUACAAUAGGACACACCUUCUGACCUGUGGUACUGGAGCUUUUGACCCACUUUGUGCCUUCAUCAGGGUUGGAUACCAUUUGGAAGAUCCCCUGUUUCAUCUGGAACCACACAGGUCUGAAAGAGGAAGGGGCAGAUGUCCUUUCGAUCCCAGCUCCUCCUUCAUCUCCACAUUAGUUGGUAGUGAAUUGUUUACUGGACUCUACAGUGAUUACUGGGGCAGAGAUGCUGCAGUCUUCCGGAGCAUGGGGCGACUGGCUCACAUUCGCACCGAGCAUGAUGAUGAGCGCCUGUUGAAAGAGCCAAAAUUUGUAGGUUCAUAUAUGAUUCCUGACAACGAAGAUCGAGAUGACAGCAAAGUGUAUUUCUUUUUUACCGAGAAGGCCCUGGAGGCAGAGAGCAACGCACACGCAAUUUACGCCAGAGUGGGGCGACUCUGUGUGAAUGAUGUAGGAGGACAGAGGAUACUGGUGAAUAAGUUCAGCACUUUCCUAAAAGCCAGACUGGUCUGCUCAGUACCAGGCAUGAAUGGAAUUGACACCUAUUUUGAUGAAUUAGAGGAUAUUUUCUUGCUGCACACCAGAGAUCAUAAGAACCCAGUAAUAUUUGGACUCUUUAACACUACCAGUAAUAUAUUUAAAGGGCAUGCAAUAUGUGUCUAUCAUAUGUCCAGCAUCAGGGCAGCCUUUAACGGACCGUACGCGCAUAAGGAAGGACCUGAAUACCACUGGUCACUCUAUGAAGGAAGAGUCCCUUAUCCAAGGCCUGGUUCUUGUGCCAGCAAAGUGAAUGGCGGGAGAUACGGAACCACCAAAGACUACCCCGAUGAUGCCAUUCGAUUUGCAAGAAGCCAUCCACUUAUGUACCAGCCCAUAAAACCUGCCCAUAAAAAACCAAUCCUGGUAAAAACAGAUGGAAGAUAUAACCUGAAACAAAUAGCAGUGGAUAGAGUGGAAGCCGAGGAUGGUCAAUACGAUGUCUUGUUCAUUGGGACAGAUAAUGGAAUUGUUCUGAAAGUAAUCACAAUUUAUAACCAAGAGACAGAGUCAAUGGAAGAAGUAAUUCUAGAAGAACUUCAGAUAUUCAAGGACCCAGUUCCUAUUAUUUCUAUGGAGAUUUCUUCAAAGAGACAACAGCUGUAUAUUGGAUCGGCUUCUGCUGUGGCCCAAGUCAGAUUCCAUCAGUGCGACAUGUACGGAAGUGCUUGUGCUGAUUGCUGCCUGGCUCGAGACCCUUACUGUGCCUGGGAUGGCAUAUCCUGUUCCCGGUAUUACCCGACAGGCACCCAUGCAAAGAGGCGGUUCCGCAGACAAGAUGUUCGGCACGGAAACGCCGCUCAGCAAUGCUUUGGACAGCAGUUCGUCGGGGAUGCUUUGGAUAAGACUGAAGAGCAACUGGCCUAUGGCAUAGAGAACAACAGCACGUUGCUGGAAUGUACCCCACGAUCUUUGCAAGCAAAAGUUAUCUGGUUUGUACAGAAAGGACGUGAUGGAAGGAAAGAGGAGGUGAAGACAGACGACAGAGUGGUUAAGAUGGACCUCGGUUUACUCUUCCUUAGGGUUCGCAAAAUGGAUGUUGGGACCUAUUUUUGCCAGACAGUAGAGCACGGUUUUGUCCAUACCGUCCGUAAAAUUACCCUGGAGGUAGUGGACGAGGAGAGAGUAGAGGAAAUGUUCCACAAAGACUAUGAAGAGGACGGGCCCCACAAGAUGCCCUGUCCAGUCCAGACCAGCAUCCCACACGGGGCAAAACCCUGGUAUAAGGAAUUCUUGCAGCUGAUUGGUUACAGCAACUUCCAGAGAGUGGAAGAAUACUGUGAAAAGGUCUGGUGCACAGAUAAGAAGAGGAAAAAGCUCAAAAUGUCGCCGUCCAAGUGGAAAUAUGCCAACCCACAGGAAAAGAAGCUGCGUCCCAAAGCCGAGCACUACCGCCUGCCCAGGCACACCCUGGACUCCUGAGGGGGCGAGACCUUCUAUUGGCUUCUGGAGAAUUUCUGUUUGGAACCGAAAAUAAACAGGACGACCAUGGCCACAAGGAAGAGAAACCAUUCAGCUUCUUUGUAUUGCUUAAAAGAGUUCUGUAACACAGAAAUGACUGUGAAGGUAUUAUGAUAAAUUAUUCUAUGUACUCAUUUGACUGGUUAAAAAUCUCAUAGAAUUAACUAAUUUUUCGGAACAAAUGUAUUCCUCAGUGGCUUCCCACUAUAUUUACCAAAAAAGUGACCCUAGCUGUAGUUUUGAGUACUUGGCUGCUUUUCCUUGACAAUUAUUAUUUUACCCUUGGAAGACUUAGGAUUACUGGAAUAUUGGUGAAAAAUCAUAAGCAUGAAAAAAAUGAAAUAUAUAUUUUAAUCUUUCUGAAUUCUAUCUUUCCUCCCCGAUGUAAAAUAUACAGAAUAUCCAGUACUUUAACAUUCUCAUAUGAGCUGUCUGUACUUUUUAAGAAUUCUCGUGUUAGUAUCUAAGCUAUGUAUCGUAUGAAGCAGUUGUGUUGUAAUUAUCGUAAACCAUGAAAGAAAAAUUGUGGUCACCUUGAGGUUCGUGCCCUUCAUAAAACAAUUCAUUCAGUCCCAUUUACGAUAGUUAUGUUUCACGAUGAAAACACGUCCUUUCAAUUUCACUCCACUGCACAAAGAAUGAAGUUAAGGUAACUUCCGAAAAAGAUAUAUAUUAAAAAAAAAAAAAAAAAUGCCAAAAAAGUUGAAGUUUCAGUUAGAAGUCUAACUGAAAAGUUUUUGCUGCCCUCUUGUGGUAGAAAAAUAUAUUCUCUCUUUUUUCUCUUUUUAGAGAUUGUCUAGUAAAGAUUUAAAAGCAGUUUCUGUUAAUCCAUCUUGUCCAUUUUCAAGGAAAAAAAACUUAAAUAAAAAUGUCUUAAUAUUUAUGUCAUUCUCUAAGAUGAGAUAAUGUGUUUAUGAAUAAUUUAUUACCUCACAAGCCAAAAAUGAAGAUAUUAACAGCACCGAAGCUCUAUUAAAACUUAAAUUUUAUUCUUUCUAAAUAAUCUUCCCUGAAAUAUAAAAGGUACUCCAGAAACAUAAGUUUGUUAUUUUAAAAAUGUUGAAGCAGAUUGCUAUCAGAUAUCAAAUUUCCCUAUUUUAAUGUUAACAAAUAAGAAAAUUGUUUCACGAGUUCACUUAACUCCCAAGAUGUCUAAAAUGCUUUUUGCUUCAUAAAUAGUAUCAAAAGUUUUUAUUUU